AUGGGAAAGAACAAUGUGACUGAUGGCAAUGAGAGAGUCUACAGCAUGGCUCAGCGUCAAGAUGGAGUGUGGUUACUAAAACUGAUUGAUCACUUUGGAUUUGAUGAAAAUCUUACAUUCCAGCAGCGGUAUCUAGUAGCAGAUCAGCACUGGAAGAAAGACAAUGGGCCAAUACUAUUUUAUACAGGCAAUGAAGGAGACAUCACGUGGUUCUGCAACAACACGGGUUUUAUGUGGGAUGUGGCUGAAGAGCUUAAUGCCAUGUUAGUAUUUGCUGAACAUAGAUAUUAUGGAGAAUCUUUGCCCUUUGGGAAUGAGUCUUUCAGUGAUUCCAAGCAUCUGAACUACCUGACAUCAGAACAAGCUCUGGCAGACUUCGCGGUACUAAUUGAGUACUUAAAGACAACCAUUGCAGGAGCCCGUUACAGUCCUGUCAUAGCGAUAGGAGGAUCUUACGGAGGAAUGCUUGCAGCCUGGUUUAGGAUGAAGUACCCCCAUGUGGUAGUUGGAGCUCUGGCAGCCUCUGCCCCAAUCUGGCAGUUCGGUGAUUUGGUUCCGUGUGGCACUUACUUCAGCAUAGUGACCAAUGAUUUCAAAAAGGGUGGGAGAGGCUGUUCAGAAAGCAUCCGGAAUUCCUGGAAUGCCAUUAACCACCUUUCCUCGACAGAUGCAGGUUUACAGUGGCUUUCCAGCACAUUUCAUUUGUGCAGCCCAUUAAAAAAUCCUCAGGAUGCUGCUAUAUUGAAAAAUUGGCUGAGUGAAACGUGGGUAAACUUGGCUAUGGUGAACUAUCCCUAUAAAGCUGACUUCUUGCAGCCUCUGCCCGCCUGGCCUAUACAGGAAGUCUGCAAGUUCUUGAAGGAUCCCAGUCUCUCUGACAAAUCGUUGCUGCAGAAUGUUUUUCAGGCAGUAAAUUUAUACUACAAUUAUUCAGGUGAAGCCUCAUGCUUAGACAUGUCUGAGACUGCAACAAAGAAUCUGGGCCAAUUGGGUUGGUACUAUCAGGCAUGCACUGAGAUGGUGAUGCCCAUGUGCACAGAUGGUGUCAAUGACAUGUUCGAGCCUCAGAAAUGGGACUUUGAUGCACUUUCAGAAGAGUGUUACAGGCUGUGGGGAGUGAGGCCUCGCCCCUCCUGGAUUCUUUCUAUGUAUGGAGGGAAAAACAUCAGUUCACACAGCAACAUUAUCUUCAGCAAUGGUGGCCUGGACCCGUGGUCUGCUGGUGGGGUGACCCAGAACAUCACAGAUUCCCUCGUGGCAAUUGUGAUCCCGGAUGGAGCCCAUCACCUGGACUUACGUAGCCGCCACCCUUUGGACCCCAAAUCCGUGCAGCAAGCUCGAGCCUUGGAAGUCUGCUACAUGAAGCAGUGGAUUGAGAAGGCCAGGCACAGCCACUGAAGUGGUACUGCAACAGCUCUGUUGGCCUCGCUGGGAAUAGGCCCAGGCCU